AAAAGAAAAAAAAAAAAAAGAAACAACUCGGAGUUACGGGCAUCAUAAGCAGCCUUUUCCCUACCAACCAUUUUCCAAUGCCUUCUCCCUCGUCAUCCUCAUUAUCGUCGUCUCCGGCAAGGCAGCACCCACCAGUCGAGCCAAUUCAAUUCGACUAUGAAGUUUGCGCGAAUCUGCAUAACAAAAUAUUCCAGACAGGGCUUCAAAUCAGGAGAUGAAAUGGGGCUGAUCUUUGAUCAGCAUACUUGCAAGGCGGCCUUUGUUGAGCACUUCGAGGACAUGAUGCCUGUUGUGGAUAACGGUUACGGCUGGAAGCCAUUGGAAGAGAUAUACAACGCGUAUCUGGAGAUGAUUGACGAAGGCACGGUCGAAGUUUCAAAACUGGAUGCUUCUUCAAAGAAGUUGACAUGGACAAGGGAGAGUAAUUGGGACAAAAUCGGGCCCUGGCUAUGGCACGAGUUUACCGACAUUGAUGUUAGAAAAAGUGCCCUGGCCUUCAAACGCUUGACCGAUGCGAUCGAGACACGCCUGCCCCUCCAGCAACCAGCUUCGACAGAAAGUGUCCCCCAACAAGAGACAGAUUCACCCCCCUGGAGCGACUCAUCCGUGCUUGAUGCAGCCCACAUCCCGGUAGGGACCUUUGCUAGGGCAUUCUGCGAAGAAACCGCCAGAUUAGGACGCAAUCUAUCCUUUCAGUAUAUUGCCCCGGGGAUACGGAUACCAACAGCUGAAGAGUUCAUCGCCCAGCCCUUUUACGCGAGACACACGCAAAAGCCUCACUAUUCCAUGCCGGGUUAUCUUUUCUGUACUGAAGACCCAGAAAACCCUUCAAACAGUGCGACCCCUGAAAGUGUGACUUGGCUCUAUCAUGACGAGGAGGCUAUUCCAGCGGGACUCUAUACGAAAGGCCAUAGCCGUAUGAGCCAGUUAUGUCAAGACAGCUGCCACCUGAUACUACCUUUCAAAUUUGGUUCGAAUGGCUGGGCCCGGCUAAGUGAUCUUGAAGUAUUCGGAAUGAAGCCCUGGGACGAUCGCCCUGAACCUGCAGAUGUAAAUGCCGAUCUCUAUCAACCAGGAUACAACGGAUUCAUUCCGCUUCACAGUGUUCGGCUGCAUAAAGUGCUAACGAACUGGGCUGAGCGCAUUGAAUCUGGCGAUUGGAUUGUGACGGAAAAUGGAGUUGCUGGUGGCCUGGAAAAAUGGCGAGAGGCCGAUACUGAAGAUGGUUGGCAGAAGUACUGGAUACCAUUGGCUUGGUAGGACUGCUGGCUUUAGAGCUAUCGCUCAACCUUUUAGAGGUAGAGGAAAUCCGCAUAUAACUCGUUUAGAAUCUCUAUUUGACAGAAGGAGGGCGGGUGAGCAAGCAAUUGAUAUUAUACGGCGCGGGUGAAAAAAAAGGGUCUACUGGAUUGUAUAGAGUAAUAUGUCCUUCAAGGGUCAGGCCACGUAGGUGCCGAGCUAAGGCAGGAAAAAAAGGAAUCGAAGUACCGCAGGAUGCGUUCAGGCCCAAGGUUAUCUGCUAUAUAGAGACUACGAUCAAUGUCCAAAUUGCCAUGCAUAGAACGAUCAAAGUAGGCGGACAAAAA